UUUUUGCACACGUAACAUAUAUAACAUAUUUUUCUCACUAUAUCUCAAAUCGUAAUCAACAACUGCUCCUCCGCAAGUAGGCUCGGGUAUUCAGCCUCGUCUAUCCUUCCUUCUCAAACUUCCUCCAUUCUCUCUCUCUCUUCUAUCUUUGUGAAGAAGCUUCCAGCAGAUAAUCAAUCGAUUUAGGGUUUAUCCUUUUUCUUACUCUCAAGGUGAAUUUUAUCCUCAAUCUGAUCCUCUAUCUUACAAUUCUUCUGCAUCAAACAGCAGAUCGUAUAAACAAGUAUAAAUUUUGGGUGCAUAGCCGAAAUUCAAGAUUGCUUUAGACUUGGAACUUGAAAUUGGGAUUGAGUUUUGGAGAUGAAUCAGAAAGGAUUGAUUUAUAGCUUUGUGGCCAAGGGAACAGUGGUUCUGGCUGAGCACACAUCCUAUUCUGGGAACUUUAGCACUAUAGCCGUUCAAUGCUUGCAAAAACUGCCUUCGAAUGGUAGCAAGUAUACAUAUACUUGUGAUGGCCACACAUUCAACUUUCUUAUUGAUGGUGAUUUUGUGUUUCUUGUUGUUGCCGAUGAGGGUGCGGGAAGGAGUCUUCCUUAUGUUUUCCUUGACCGGGUAAAGGAUGACUUUAAGCAGAGGUAUGCUGGAAGCAUUAAAGAUGGCGAUGCUCACCCUCUUGCUGAUGAAAAUGAUUCUGAUGAUGAUUUGUUUGAAGACCGCUUUAGCAUUGCAUACAACCUGGACCGGGAAUUCGGACCUAGGCUUAAGGAACAUAUGCAAUAUUGCAUGAACCAUCCCGAGGAAAUGAGCAGGCUUGCCAAAGUCAAGGCUCAAAUCGCAGAGGUGAAAGGAAUAAUGAUGGAUAACAUUGAGAAGGUCCUAGACCGGGGAGAGAAAAUCGAACUUCUUGUGGACAAGACCGAGAAUCUUCAGUUUCAAGCUGAUAGCUUCCAGAGACAGGGCAGGCAAUUGCGGAGGAAGAUGUGGUUUCAGAACGUUCAACUGAAAUUGAUUGUUGGAGGUUCUAUUAUUGCCUUCAUCAUCAUAAUGUGGCUGGUAGCAUGUCGAGGAUUCAAAUGUUGACAGAGCAGAAUGAGACUUUUGGUCUAAAGCUUGGAUAUUGACGUUACCAGAACAUCUUUUACCUGUACAAAAACAUUUGAAAAAGAGGACAUAAGAGAGGAGUCAUGAACUUUUGUAUUCUGUAAAUGAUAAGUAUUGUGUUGACUGCUGAAUGUGUUGGCCAGAUGGUUUAUCUGAAGUUUUCUUUUAGGUA